AUGAGCAUUUGCGCCAAUUUCACAGCAGUAGUAUCUAAAGCCUCGGAGGAUUUUGUGGUUAAAAUAUGUGUUAAAUCCGCUGUAUUGAAGAGGGUUGAUGAUGGACGAUUUAGAACGAUACCUAAGUCAUGCUUCUUAGUCAGAGCGCACCGAUGGAAGUGGAGGUUUUGUUAGAGUUGACCUCGUAGCAACACCUUAGACCACCACAUUGUGGAUGAGAAACUUUCAACUACAGGUUCCCUAAAUCCAUUAUUCGUCGGAUUUUUUAUUUUCUAACCAAUUGUAAACGAAGGGUGAAAAUAAAAAAUGAGGAGACCUUCCGGCCGGUGUACGCCAGGGGACUAAGUUAGGCCCGUGGUUGUUUAUAAUUAUAAUAAACGAAAAGGAAAGGAGGCAGAAAAAAUUUCAGGUUAAUAAGAACAAGUGCAAGGAAAUGGGUGUCUGUUUCUCAAAAUCAAGUAAUAAGUAAGAUCUCAUUGUCAUAAAUCAUAAAAUGGGAAGCAUAUCGAGACUAUUUCAUCUUGUUAAGUCCUUAGACUUAACAUCUCGGCUGAUCUAAAAUGGAAAGAACACGUAAAAGCCGCUGGAAAGGUUGCAUUGCGCAUGUAGAAAGAAAGCUCUUUCUCUCAGAAAGCUGACACAAGCCAAUGUUCCAUCCAAACAUUUCCUCCUGUUUUUAAAUACAUUUGAGAAUUUUUUCACAACUCAUUACCACCGUUUUCUGUAAGGUGACAUUGAGAGACUUCAAAAGAGGGAGCUUAGCAUUGUUUUUCCUGAAUCCUUAACGGAGAACGGAGAAAUUGCCUGAUGUAAUUGAUUAACAAUAACUCACGCAAAUAGCAUCAACUCUUGCGACCUCUCAACAUUAAAGGCAACUUUUCUGAAUUCCCUUUAAUUCUUAAUGGAUUGUUAACUUAAGCAAAUUUAACCUGUUAGGGUUAAGUGCAAUAAACAAAAUAUCUUUCUUGUUUUUACCUUAUUGAAAAGGUGCAAUACUAGAAAUGGUGAUCACUGAAUGAGAUUAUUAGGUCCUAUGGUAAAUUUGUGCCAACCAAUAAUAAAACCCAAACAAACAGUAUUAACCGUCAGAUUACUGAGUCAGGGUUAACCGCUUAAGUAUAAAAAAUCCGAUGAUUAAGAAGAUUGUGCCAUUCAUGGACUAAAAAAGCUUGGACUUUGAACUUCGUUGUUAAUUUAUUACUUACCAGCAUUUCAUCCCGCAAAAUUUUUCGCAGAGAUUGCAAAGUCUUUUUCUCCGGGGCAAUUUACUAAAUUUAGUAAAUUUGAGACAGAUUCUGUGGAGAGGUUUGCCUCGACAGGAACGGGUUUCUCGAAUUACUGUGGAACAAGGAAGUUAAUGGUUAAUAAUAUUAAUUACGAGGUUGAAUAUGUUAUGAACGGAAUUAUACAAGUCGAUGAGGUUGAGGCCGAGGUGAAUAAUCUCUGAGAUCUGCCAAUUCUACACAUUACAAAAAAAUUACAUUUUCACUUCCAUGCAGAAUCACUUCAAAGUAUUUACCUCGGUUGUUGUUCAGCAGUUGCAGAAUAGCCCAUUUUAAAGUUACAGGUGAAAACGAGGGUUGAGCUGACCUUGUUUUGACACAACCCUUCCUGCUUUAUUAUGUAAAUAAUGUUUUUGUUGUGCGAACUACGAAUUUUUAAGCGUAAUUUCCAUACGAAAAAUAAUUAAAAGAGGAUUGUAUCAAACCAAGGUCAGCCUCAGCCUCUCGUCCACUCAAAAACUAGCCAGGGUAUUAAGCUCACAACUGUAAAAUGGUCUAUUACGUGAGGUUAAUCGUAGAUACUUUGCAGUUAUACCAUCACUGACGUUAGUGGCCUCACGUCAGUGAUGGAAUAACUACAGAUAUGGUUCAAAUUUUGUGAGCGUCAGUUGGUUAUAAAAAAUCAGCCAAGGGAUUAAAGCAAAUCAGACACAUUUUUUCAAAAGAGUAAAGGGAUUAUUAUUAAUUAAAAAUACGUAUUCAUUUCUGAUGGACCUUAUCUCUCGGUCAAGUCCUCAUAAACAGCUGGCGCUAAACAGAUUUGAAAGAUGCUUAGAUUAUACCAUCGUUGACGUCAGUCACUCAAACCCCCAUGAAAUGUACUCGAAAUUUACACAACUUGAAUUAACGCGAAUUAAAAGUAGAAUAAGACUUUCGAACAAAGGACAGAGGUCGCGACAGAGAGGGGAAAAUUUCAAAAUGAAGGAAAUGUACGCGACUUUCACAAAGAAACCAAAGAAACAAAACUUGUUGAGACAAAGGAACAAAGUUUAAGGUAUAAGCCGAAGUAAAUAACAACUUUUUUGGUGGUACCAGUUCCCUGGCGAACAAAUCUGGCCACUUUGAAGGUUCUUCACAACUUCACUAUUACUGGUGGAUCUUCCCCUCGAUAAAAUAUUCCUCUUUCUUAGGUGUCAAGAAUUCCAGAAAGGUAUCGAGAAUUGGGAAUUUUUAAAAUUCGCAUUAAUUUCAUGACGAUCUAAUUUCCAUUAAUGGGGUAAGUAAAAGAAUUAAAAAUAUUUUUCUGGCAAGGAAGCUCAAAUUGACGGACCGUAGGGGUUAUUACUAUGAGCUCCCCCCCUCCCCAAACUUCACAGUAUAAAUACAACAAAUUAGCGGCGAAAUCAUUUUCAAAUAAAUGUAAAGAAAAAAAGCAAGCAAAAAAAGACGCUAAAUGUGGAGAAUCAGCUAAGGAGAAAUGCUUUUAAUCUAGAAUUAAAAAGAGAAAUAGUAGCAGCACUUUUAUAUUAAUUACGCUUUAGUGAACUGACAAAUUUUGGACCCUGAAAACAUCUACCAAAAAGUACGUCUAUAUAAUUACGUUUGUAUAUUUGUUCGUGCAGGAAAUAAGUGGAAAGUAUCCACAGAUUUUAACCGCUGUUUUAUGAGUAUCUGCAAGAAAAACAUAUCUGUUCAAACUCUGCAGCUGCCGAGGAGCAAGCCAAUGUUUCGAAGACAAUCUACGAGAAUGUAAGGAUGUUAAAAACCUUGGAAAUAUUUUAAAUGAAGGAUUACUAGCCCUGGCAAACACCCUCUCUACAAUUUGUAGUCACACUAAUAACAACCCAUACAGGCUGUAGUUUAUGUUCAAGAGCAGCAGAAUAGUGCAUGGAUCUCUUAGGCUUGUAUGUUUUGGUUUCUUUAAUGUAUUAGUCUCAAGAAAUUCCUCCUCAUGUUUUUUUUUUGUUUGUUUGUUUUUUUUUUUCAUAUAAAUUAGGCACACAUAUUCAGGUGAAUAAGACGAAUUUAAGAAAAAAAAAAAAGGUUUUCUAGAGCAUCAUCACAAUAUUUGCACUGAGAAGAAAAAAAAGCUUAAGAGGUUUAUUAGCUUGGUUGGUACAGCGGUGGUCUGUUAAGAGCGGAAUGUUCCGGGUUUGAUUCCUUGAGCGGACCAAUACUUCACGACUGAGGGUCUUCACUGAAUAAGGUACCGCCUUUGCUCUCAAAACGGCCCCAGCUUCUCGUGUUUCAGGUGCCGGACCAAGUAGAACUGCGGCUGUACCAUUUCGGAAAACAUUAGUUCUUUCUUGUUAAUACAUCGACACUCAAGGUAACCAGGUUUUUUUCAUUUAGAAAAGGAAUGGAAAAACCUUUUUUUUUCUUUUUUUCUCAUAGGCGCAAAGUACUGAUCUUCAUUUUGCAUAUUGUCUUAUGUAACUAGGUCAGAUUUAUCCGCUUAAUUUUGUUUCAAAUUAGUUACAAGGGUAGCUACAUUUUCUUACUUUACGUCUACAUUUUCUUCUUUUUCAGUUUGAAUGUGUGUCUUUCUUGCAACAUGCGUGCAAUUUUUUGGUUUGACACUUAUUAUUUAGGUAGGUUUCGAAGUAGAGGAUUGCAAGUGAAGAAGUGCUUCCCAGGUAUAAUUAUUUGA